AUGGCCGCAGUCAGGAAGGCCGCGGACCACACCCUCUAUCAUCUCAGCCCAAAGGGCUUUUGGAAGAAAUUCCGUGACGCGACGGCCGUCGACCCAAACAUCUCCAGCGGCCUGCCUCUCGCUGCGCUGAACAGGCAGCCUCCCCCUGGCUCCAGAAAAGAGCCCUAUGCAACCCCCGCAACCAAAGCUUCCGACCCCGCGCAGAACCCGUACUGGAAGCGCGAUGUCCGUCGUGCAUACCCCCAGCUCUCCGUCGUCACCCAGUCCGAGCUGUCAACGUUGCUGAUCCAGCACGCUUCUCUGCCCUCGUACGUCUCCACCUCUGCCCUCGUCACCAUGAUCUCCAUUAUGCUCAUCCUCUCGUCUUGCCUUCCGUGCGCUGCAGUGACAGAUUCGUCCGUUCCAGCCGCGUCUACGCCUUCUAUCGAUCUUACGGAGGCCAUCGCCACCAUUUCGUCUGCGCGCAAGGCGUAUUCAGAGUCGAAGCUGCCCCCUGCACUCCCUACCGCGUUUAAGAAGUGGGCGCCGGAGAUGGCGGCGGAUGCGCCGCACGACCCGAACGCGUACUUUCCCAUGUUGCUCGUGAAGUAG